AUGUGCCUUUUCUUUUCAUUACAGGAGGACUUUUGGGUCGACCCGAACAGCUCCAUCUUGAAAGCCUACGAGAAAACGGACCAGGCGAUUCUAUCUCACAGCUCUGACUUGGGUCGUGGCGGAUCAACCGCUGUUACUGCUAUUCUGAUUAACGGUCAACGACUAUGGGUGGCCAACGUCGGAGAUUCACGCGCUGUUCUUUCGAGAGGCGGUGAAGCUAUACAAAUGACCAUUGAUCACGAGCCGAAUGCUGAACGCAGUAUCAUCGAGAAUAAAGGUGGCUUCGUUUCUAACAUGCCAGGAGACGUACCUCGAGUGAACGGUCAGCUAGCGGUUUCGCGAGCAUUUGGAGACAAGAGUCUCAAAUCUCACCUACGAUCGGAUCCCGACAUACGUGAUAUUAACAUAGACGCCAACACGGACGUAUUAAUUCUCGCU